AUGCAUUCAAAAUCCCUACGACCAUCAAGCUUGCCCCAUUCAAAGAAGAUAGAUAAUAGGCGACAAGCUUCCGGGAUCUCGUUCUCUCGACACUACCAGACUGAAGAGUCCGUUCUCUUGCGUGGACAACCCAGAAGUAAUGACGGCAACAAAGAGCAUAAGAAGUGUCACGUUCUCACCGAGCACCGCCGAACGCAGAUGCGUCAAGCACAGAGAAAGUAUCGAUUCAGAAAAGACGCGACUAUCUCUGUGCUACAACAGAGAAAUGCUGAAUUGGAGAGCGCUCUGUCGGUAUUGAAAUCCAUCGCUAAGCUAUUUCAGGGCCAGAUUGCAGCCCUGGAGAAUAUGCAGGGUGGCUUUAUGGUCAUAGAACGACUGCGAGAUACGACAAUUCAGUUUUUGGCGGAAAUCGAGAAAUCAGAAAGGUCUGAUAGCCGACCUUUGUGGGAGCAGAAUUACAGAAUCCAUUCGCCGAUGUGGCAGAUGUCCAUGAAGGAACACGACACACCUCGUCCAGUACCCGCUUUGGGGUAUGAGAUGCUGACCCACGAGCGGAUUGAAGCACUAUAG